AUGCCGGCCAUGUUGGAUGAUCCGGCGAGCCCCACCAUUUACCGUGUCUCCGGAGCGCCGCCGUAUCCAGAUCCGAACAAGCCGGAAUUGCCGGUCGACAUCGUCCCGCGUCAAGUGACACUCCGGGAUCGCCAAACGAUCGCCACCAUCAUCCCGUUUGCUUCGCAACAUGAGGUGCCUCAAUCCCUCGUGCGCUAUCUUAGCGACCAGCUCAACAAGGAAAUUGAGGGGGGCGACACGUACCCGAUGAUGGACCCCAUGCCUGCCGACAAGUUCGGUGCCUACUGGUUCCAGAACUUCGGCGCCAUCAUGCUCCUCGGCAACGUCGAGCGUACCGACCUCGCCAAUGACAUGGACUGGUCCCGGGAGUGUCUGGGCAGUUUUUACAUCAAGCCCAACUACCCUGGCCGUAGUAGCCACGUUUGCAACGCCGGCUUCCUCGUCACCGACGCCUCGCGCAACCGCGGCGUGGGCCGGCUGAUGGGUGAAUGCUACAUCGACUGGGCGCCCAAGCUUGGAUAUACGUACUCCGUCUUCAACCUCGUCUAUGAGACCAACGUCGCCUCAUGCAAGAUUUGGGACGCCCUGGGCUUCAAACGCAUCGGCCGCGUCAAGGGCUGCGGCAAUCUCAAGUCGCACCCAGGCCAGCUCAUCGACGCCAUUAUCUACGGGCGCGAUCUCAUCCCCGGCGAAUCCGAGGAACUCGUGAGUGAAGAGCGUUUCGACAAGAUCAAGUUCUACCUCAAGUACGGCAAGUAUCCGGCCGGGGCUGACCGCGCCGAGAAAAGCAGGCUUCGGAGCGCCGCCACCCACUAUAAGCUGCUUGACGGCGACCGUUUGAUGCUCAAGGACAAGGAGGUCGUCCCCGACCCGCGCCGCCAGUACGAGAUCGCCCGCGAGGUCCACGUCGCCCAGCACGGCGGCAUCAACAAGACGACGGCCACCAUUGCCGAAAAGUAUCACUGGAGCCGCAUCAAGGAGACAGUGAGCGACGUCAUCAGGAAUUGCGCCGAGUGCAAAGAGCUCGGCAAGAUGCCUGCUCCUGGGGGAAACGGCGGCGCGAGGGGGAGGGCGGCUGCGGCUGCCGCCGCCGCCGCUGCCGCCAAUUCCUCAACGACCAACACCCCUACUUCCAUCUCACUUACUUCACUUUCAAAUCCCUCAUUUACAAAUACUUCUGCAUCAACACCGCCCCCCUCGACCGCAGACGUCAGCACUACGAAUCGUAUCCUCGCCCUGCAACAUCACCACCUGCCUCCCCUCUCCUCGCCGCGAUCAUCACCGUAUGCCGAAGUCUCAUCGAUACCGCCGUCGCACACUCUCCGCGACCCCUCUGCCUCUCCGCUGCCCCGUCAUCCUCACCACAACCCCAUGUUACAAGACGAAUCCUUUCAGCCCAUCGACCCGCAAAUUAUCGGUCCACCGCCGACGUCGCACGACGAUCCGUACAACCAUUACCACCCGCACCAUACCGACUUCCAGGCGCUGCUCAACGCGACUGAGGCGGAGGAGGCAGCCGAGGAAGAGGCGGCGGCUGUGGCUCGUGACUUGGACAUGCUGAUCGACCAGGACGAUGACGACGACGACGGAAGGGAGGACGGUGAUGAGCCGAUGGAGGAGAGAGAGGGAAAAGAUAAGGACGUGUAUUCUAUAGGAUUCAUCAACGGAUAA